AUGGACACUAAAUCAGCUACUAAAGUAAAGAAGCCUUGCAAAACAAUAGUCAUAGACGAUAGGAAUCGAUCAAGAUCGUACGACGAUGGAGAAGAAGAAGAAGAGAUACGUCGUGUGAAGGAGAAAAGAGACCAAGGAGAAGGAGAAGAACAAGAACAACAACAACGUCGACCAAUGACGACAAAACAACCGGAGAUCGUAGAAGAAGAACUCUCGGUGGCGGUGGAGAAGAGGAAGAAGAGAAACGGCGUGUGA